CGCCGCGAGGCUGGGAUCCGGAAGUCGGAGCCUCGCGGCGCCAGCGCAGCUUCUGGCCCGGCAGGGUUGCGCUGUCUUCUCCACUCGGAUCUCCGCCGGAAGCGGAGGAAACAAAAGCCUGGAGAUUUGAAUCUACCUGCUUUCAAGCUAGUCAUCAUGAUGAAACUUAGGCACAAAAAUAAAAAGCCAGGUAAAGGUUCCAAAGGCUGCAAGAAGCCUGUAAAGCAGAAUGGAAAGAAAGCAGCCUCCAAAGUGACCUCUGCUCCCCAGUUUGUUCACUCCAGUGAUCAUGCCAAUCGAGAGGCUGAAUUAAAGAAGAAGAGGGUUGAGGAGAUGAGGGAGAAGCAGCAGGCUGCCCGGGAGCAAGAGAGACAUAGACGCAGGACCAUCGAGAGCUACUGUCAGGAUGUCCUGCGACGCCAAGAGGAGUUUGAGCGCAAGGAGGAAGUUUUGCAGGAGUUAAAUAUGUUUCCUCAACUGGAUGAUGAGGCCACAAGGAAGGCUUAUUACAAGGAGUUCCGUAAGGUGGUGGAAUACUCUGAUGUAAUUCUAGAAGUCCUGGAUGCCAGAGACCCAUUGGGCUGCCGCUGCUUCCAAAUGGAGGAGGCUGUCCUGCGGGCAGAAGGCAACAAGAAGCUGGUCCUGGUCUUGAACAAGAUUGACCUGGUCCCCAAGGAGGUUGUGGAGAAGUGGCUGGAAUACUUGAGGAAUGAGCUGCCAACCGUGGCUUUCAAGGCCAGCACCCAGCAUCAGGUCAAAAACCUGAAUCGCUGUAGUGUGCCAGUGGAGCAAGCCUCUGAGUCACUACUGAAAAGCAAAGCCUGCUUUGGAGCUGAAAACCUCAUGAGGGUUCUGGGGAACUAUUGUCGCCUUGGUGAAGUGCGCACCCAUAUCCGUGUGGGUGUUGUGGGCCUUCCCAAUGUUGGGAAGAGCAGCCUGAUCAAUAGCCUGAAGCGCAGCCGGGCGUGCAGUGUGGGAGCCGUUCCUGGGGUCACCAAGUUCAUGCAGGAGGUUUACCUAGAUAAGUUCAUCAGGCUGCUGGAUGCCCCAGGCAUCGUCCCAGGACCCAACUCAGAGGUUGGCACUAUCCUGCGCAACUGUAUCCAGGUGCAGAAGCUGGCAGACCCCGUGACCCCGGUGGAGACCAUCCUGCAGCGCUGCAACCUGGAGGAGAUUUCCAGCUAUUACGGUGUCUCCGGGUUCCAGACCACUGAACACUUUCUGACUGCAGUGGCCCACCGCUUGGGGAAGAAGAAGAAGGGGGGCAUAUACAGUCAGGAGCAGGCAGCCAAAGCUGUCCUGGCUGACUGGGUGAGUGGGAAGAUCAGCUUCUACACACUCCCACCCUCCACCCACACUCUGCCUACCCAUCUCAGCGCUGAGAUUGUUAAGGAGAUGACUGAGGUCUUCGACAUUGAGGAUACCGAGCAGGCCAAUGAGGACACCAUGGAAUGCUUGGCCACUGGAGAAUCUGAUGAGCUAUUGGGUGACAUGGACCCGCUUGAAAUGGAGAUCAAAUGGCUCCAUUCUCCAAUGGUGAAAAUAGCAGAUGCCAUGGAAAAUAAAACCACCGUGUAUAAGAUUGGAGAUCUCACUGGGUAUUGUACCAAUCCAAACCGUCAUCAGAUGGGGUGGGCUAAGCGCAAUGUGGACCGACACCCAAGAAACAACAGCACAGUGGAAGUCUGCUCAGUGGACCGCCGCCCGAUGCUACAGAGGAUCAUGGAGGCAGACCCUCUGCAGCAGGGCCAGGCCCUGGCAUCUGCCCUGAAGAAUAAGAAGAAGAUCCAGAAGCGUACAGACAAACUCGCCAGCAAGCUGUCUGAUUCCAUGAUGUCCGUCCUUGACCUCUCUGGCAAUGCUGAUGACAGUGCUUGUGACUGAUCCACUGAUCUCAUCUCCCUCCCCGCCUCCAAGCACCAGAUCCAGUGGGAUGGGAAAUAACAGAUGAAAUGAAAUGGUUUGGUUCUCCCUGAAGCACCUGCAUAUUAAAAGAACUCUCCCUGCUCUUUCCCUCUAUUUUUUUUGAGGGGAAAAAAAUAAACAAAACAGUCCCAAGUGUCUGAUACUGGCAAACCCAAUACUCUUUAUUUAACCCCUACUCUGUUUGUAAGAUAAAUAAAAUAAUCAACAGAUCA